CUUAUAUAUGUGAAGCGCAAGUCACUUAUCACGUUGAUUCCGUGUCUGUAUGUCUGUUUACUUCUGCGUGUAGGACAUUGCGGACAGUUGCAGAGGACAUCUGUUACGAAGGCGAUAUCGCGCUUUUUAUCACUUCAGUAUAUAAGUUUUGCAAUUUUCGUUCGUCAGUAUCUUUGUACUCUAUCACGAUGUCUUUCGCGGGAAAGGUUGUUCUGAUAACAGGGGCCAGCUCGGGAAUAGGAGCUGCAACUGCUAUUCACCUGGCUAACCUCGGUGCAAAGCUAUCGAUAACCGGCCGCAAUAAGGAGAAUUUAGACAAGGUAGCCGAACAAUGCGGCCAAACCAAGCCGUUUAUCGUAACGGGAGAGCUAACCAAUGAGAACGAUGUGAAAAAUAUCAUCGACUCGACGAUCAAGCACUACGGCAAAUUAGACGUUUUAGUUAAUAACGCUGGAAUUUUGGAUGGCGGUAGUAUAGAGAACACAACCAUGGAACAGUACGACAAUUGCUUCAACGUGAACGUUCGCUCGGUAUUUCAUUUGACAACAUUGGCGGUGCCGCACUUGAUCGAGAGCAAGGGCAAUAUUGUAAACGUUUCUAGCGUUACUGGAUUACGAUCUUUCCCAGGGUGUCUGGCGUACUGCAUGAGUAAAGCGGCUGUGGAUCAGUUUACGCGUUGCGUCGCUUUGGAAUUGGCACCGAAACAGGUGCGCGUGAAUGCCGUGAAUCCUGGCGUUAUAGUAACAAACUUACAUCGGCGGAGUGGAAGAUACGGAGAGGACGAACUUGAGAGCUUUUUCGAGCAUAGCAAAGACACGCAUGCUCUAGGAAGAACGGGUAAUACGUCCGAAGUCGCGAAAACCAUUGCAUUUCUAGCGAGCGACGAUGCGAGUUUCAUAACAGGGGCGACAUUACCUGUGGAUGGAGGUAGACACGCCAUGUGUCCUCGCUAAGAAUCUUUUACGUCGUCUGUAUAAAUGACAUGUGCUUUUUAUAUUUUUUAUAUACAUUAUAUAUAUCGUAUAUACUUAUAUUAUCAAAAGGCUACAUACAUUUAUAUU